AUGGCCAAGCACGAGUUCUGGAGUGACCACAAAUCGCUUGUGUACAUCAAGUCGGCCACGCAUGUGAACAGCCACAUAUUACGGUGUAGCCUCGUUCUUAUGGAGUACGACUUCUCGGUCGAGUAUAUCAAAGGCAGAGUCAACAUAGACGACGAUUACAUGAGCCGUUUGCCAACUCCUUCGACGGACUUGAUCAGAAAUGCUAAAGUGGCCCACCAAGAUGCAUUCUUGAAAAUAGACACAGGCUCCAAAGCAAACUUGCUGCCAUACUCGGUCUAUCGAAAGUGCAAUGGUAGACACAGCUUGAAGCCAAGCAGCUCCACUCUACGGCCAUAUGGUGGUGACGCUAUCAAACACGUUGGCGUUGCGACCUUGCCGGUGGCCAUUAGGCAUCACUCUGGUCACUUCGACUUCUUCAUAGUCAAGAAAGGUAACCAGGCAAUACUCGGACUGCGUGCAAGCGAGGCGCUGGGAUUUUUCACGAAAACGGUGGAUGCAGUAAACGUCGAUUUAUUGCAGGAAUUUCCUCACCCUUUCCGUGGAACUGGCUGUGCAAAACGGCAGUAUCGGAUGAUACUACGUACUGGAUCAGUGCCUGUAGUCCAGACAGCAAGACGCGUGCCCUUGACACUGGAAGAACCGCUGCGGGAGGAACUCGACCGCAUGGAAAGGGGUGGCAUCAUUACAAUAAUUACGGAACCAACGGACUGGGGAAAGAACUGCUGCUGGCCGACAUGCUCUCAAGGUCGCCGCCCAUCAAGCAACGCCAAGACAUCAGUGGCUCAACCGAAGAAAUAA